GGUGGGUGCAUUCGAAGGCGACCGUGGUCGUCUGUGUCUCGGCUUCAAAUAAUUCUGAAAAUAUCACCAGGACAGUGCGGGCGUGAAUUCAUCGAAACACAGAUUCAAAGACCAUUUUAAAAUUGGACUGCCAAUCUAAAGGGACUGGAAUGAAGGGGUAUGCCAAGAAUUUGAAUUAGCUCGCUUGUAGUUUGAAGAAAGAGUAAGUCGGGUUGAGGGGAGCCAUUUUGUCCCGACUGUGUGGGAGAAAGGAAGAGUGGAAAAGGGAUAUCUCAGAGAAGAGGAAAAUCCUGCACCCUCUUUUUAGACAACAGGACAAGCCGACCUGCGGGCUAUUACAGUGACCAAGCUAGCAAGCUUUCCUCAUCAACACCAUUCACUGAAGUGCUAUGGUAUUGAUUGAGUCCUGGUAAGGUGAGCUAGCGGGCUAGAAAUCAGCAGGGAUUUUUUACAAAAAUCAUCAAGCUGAUUGUUCUAUUUGGGAGCGUGGCAAGUGCCGACCUGGUCCCCGACGUGGAUUUUGACACAGUAACGUUAGAAAAAUUAUCAUUUUUAUAUAAAUGGCGAAGAAGACGUACGAUCUGCUAUUCAAGCUUCUCCUGAUCGGAGAUUCUGGUGUUGGGAAGACAUGCGUGCUGUUCCGCUUCUCAGACGACGCCUUCAACACCACCUUUAUUUCCACCAUAGGCAUUGAUUUUAAGAUAAAGACAGUGGAAUUACAAGGAAAGAAGAUUAAGCUACAGAUAUGGGACACGGCGGGCCAGGAGCGUUUCCACACCAUCACCACAUCCUACUACAGAGGAGCCAUGGGCAUCAUGCUGGUCUACGACAUCAGCAACGCCAAGAGCUUCGAGAACAUCAGCAAGUGGCUACGGAACAUCGACGAGCACGCCAAUGAAGACGUUGAGAGAAUGCUGCUAGGCAACAAGUGUGAUAUGGAGGACAAGAGAGUUGUACCAAAGGCCAAGGGGGAACAGAUUGCUAGGGAGCAUGGUAUCCGGUUUUUCGAAACGAGUGCAAAAGCCAACAUCAACAUCGAGAAGGCAUUCCUCACGUUAGCAGAAGAUAUCCUCAGAAAGACGCCCGUAAAAGAGCCCAACAGCGAGAACGUUGAUAUCAGCAGUGGAGGAGGAGUGACGGGAUGGAAGAGCAAGUGCUGCAGCUGAACAAGCCACCAUAGACUCACACACACACACACACACACACACACACACACACAACCACACUCAUACACACACACACACACGUCCAAAAGAGGCGUACACUGAUAUUCACAUUCACAUACACAUCACAUACACUCACAAACACACACACACACACACACACACACACACACACACACACACACACACACACACACACACACACACACACACACACACACACACACACACACACACACACACACACACUCUCUCUCUCUCUCUUCUCUCUCUCACUCCUUUCACUCCCCUCCUCAUUACACCUCCUCUGCUAUCAUCUUUUUACUUGCCUACUCACCUUCCUCCUCUCUUCCAUCUCUCUCUCUCUCUCUCUCUCUCUCUCUCUCUCUCUCUCGCUCUCGCUCUCUCGCUCUCUCUCUCUCGCUCUCUCUCUCUCCUCCUCCUCCUCUCUUCCAUCUCCAUCUCUCUCUCUCUCUCUCUUUCUCUCUCUCUCUCAUAUCAGUCUCCCCUUCAUCUCGCUCUCGCCAUCUCUCUUUCCCUCUUGUCUUUCGUUCUCUGAGAAUUAAACCACUUCUUCUCUAGCACCCUUUCUUUGCUCUGCUUUCUCCUGAGUCCUUGCUGAUUGGCCGCUGUCUUGCCUCGUCAGAAGGACAGCCUGUGUAGAUGUAUGAAGAGAUGGGGAAAAAAAGAGAGAGAAAUCAUGUCAAGUUCUUUUAUCUUUUUAUUUUAAACGUCAAAUAUAAAAGAAAGAAAGAACGAAAGUGAGAUAGAAAGAAAAAAACAACAUUGACUCACUACUCACCACUACAUUUUUUUUCUCCGUCUGUUUAUUUGUGUGUGUCAAGAGUGUGAGUCUGAGACAGUGUGUGUGUGUGUGUUGGGAGAAAAUGUGCAAGCUUGAUUGUGUUUUUGUUUUGUUUUGUAUUAAAAGUGAGACUCCUGCCAAGGACAACCCCCCCCCCACACACACACACACACACACACACAAAAGAUAGUAUGACACAGAGCUUAUGAAAUUAUAUCAAUAUUAGUGACCCAUGAGUUGGACUUAACACAUUCUUUUGUACAGUCAUGGGGGGUUGUGUCGUGGGCUGUUGGUGAAAUUCGUUGGGGUGCCUCUGUCCCCCCAUCCCCCGCCUCCCUUCCUCCUCCAGUUGGGGUGACUAUCAUCUGGUGCCUUACAGGAAACCCCCCCUCCCCCGAAACCACACCCCACCCCACCGAGCCAACCAUCCCCUUCCAAAUUUAAGAAGGAACCCCCACCCAAGAGGCUUCCCCUAUGCCACUCCACUCCACCCCUCAUCCUCCACCCACCUCACCUCACCUCACCCACAACUCACCUCACCCUCUGUCCUGUUCUGUCACAACAUUUAAACACAUACACACACACACACACACACACACACACACACACACACACACACACACACACACACACACACACACACACACACACACACACACACACACACACACACACACACACUCUUGCACCUGCCCACAGCCUUGGAGUAUCCACGAACACACACACACACACACACACACACACACACACACACACACACACACACACACACACACACACACACACACACACACACACACACACAGACGAAUGAACACACAGACAAACACACAUGCCAACCGGCGCAGAAGCGUUUGAAUUUCUCCCACUCCAUCCAAGAGAAUGGCAUUAGAAAAUGGAGUAUUUCUUAUUAACAUAAUUUUCUUUUCUCUGAUUUUUUUUUUGUUUGGUUCUGAGUUUAUUUACAUGAACCCAGUUAUAUUGUUUUCUUUUUUUGUUUGUUUCUUUAUUUCUUUUUUUAAAAAAAGA